UCGUGAAAGAGUACUCCAGUCGGUGGUACUACUGCGGCACAAAAGGACGUGCACAGGAGGAGAUGGUUUAAACGGAGUUUCAUCUCCCAUCCCGUCGAGCGAGCGAUCGUAUCCCCGUGUUCACCUGUUCCUGCGCCACGCCGGUACCGCACCACCAAACGGUCGAGGAAUCGUCAUCAAGGAUGUACUGAGAUUGAUAGGAGAAAGUCACGCCCAGGAACAUCCAUGUGCCGUAAACGGUGGCGAGGAGGCUCGGAGCUGCUGGUGCUCUUCAUCCUCCAUCACGUUAUUCUGGGUGACGGAGAUGUCGGGUGUCUGUUCAGCAAGAGCCUCUGCGAUCCCCGAACGGAAACAUGUUACAAUGACCUGGCGUUCGGCAGAUGUCUACCGUCGUACGCUGAUAUGAGCGGUGAAGAUUAUUAUCAAUAUAACUUUAACAUCGACGAACUGGAGUUACUAAGACUGCAAUUAGAGAAGUUGCAAAUUGACGGAUACAAAUGGUCUCAUCCUUACACGCAAUGUGUCAUGAAAACGUCCCUGUACAAUUUGCGCCACGGUGAAACUUACGAUCUUCGACUUUGUCAGGAUUUGACACAAAGUACGCAUUUUGAGAACAAAAAAGAAAUCGAUCAGGCAAUCGAUCGAGUACCUACAAUAGCUGUAGUGAAGUUUACACCGAACAAUGGAAAAUUUAACAGUCAAUUCGCCAACGAGUUGUACUACCCUCCGAGCACGCGAGAACAGUACUUACGCGACUCAUUUUACGACGACGAUUCCUCUCAAUCACUGUACAAGAAACAAUCAGAAGAGAACGAACCCCAAUUCUACAGGCCAAUGUACAAUCCGAAUUCUUACAACGAACACAACUCUUUAACAAAAGAGGGAAGCUACGAGGAAGGUGAUUCGCGCAAAGCUCGUUUGAGUUUUGACGAACCUGACGAGAAGCUCUAUCGGACUCGAAGACAACCGUACGAUCUACAGGAUUACGAAGACGACGCGUUGAAGUCACUUAAGAACAUCUUAGAAGAGGAGACGCUAUCGAAGGAACUUCAUGAUUCGGAUCCCAGAGAUGCUCUAAAUGUGGACGAUCUGGAUUUUUUAGUGAACGACAAAUCUGAUGAUGAUUAUCUUGAUAAAAAGGACGAACCGAGGGAGGAUCUUGAUGUCGAUUACGAGAAGGCCUUCUCGAGGAAGUACAAGCCUAGAAAAUUUGCCGAGCUAACGGAGAAGAAUGAGUUUCUUCUGGAUAACGUGAAACGCAACCUGGAGAAUAAUUAUGAUAGAAAUGAUUACGAUGAUACGAAAAAGGAAGAUGAAUUGCUUCAGAAGGAUAGUUCCCCGAUGGAAAAUGGGAUUUACACUGAAGGAGGACUUGUCCCAGCUGCUGAUGAUAAGUCUAACGUCGAUGACAACGAGAAAGCCUAUGACAAUUUUUUUGACGAUGAUACUAUUCGAUUUGACGAUCUGAACGACUUCCUUCGGAGCCGUGGAUUCAGCGGUUUCAAACGACGAGAACGUUUGGAUGUGAAAAAACCAGGCCCACAGUUUUCGACGAAUAAUUAUGCGUUCAAAACUUCAUCCCCAGCUGAUCCGGAAAACGAAAUGCAUUCUGAUUCAGUCGAAACUGAGCAAGAUAAUGAUGUUCUACUCGCACCACACGUGAAAAAGGAGGUGGGAACCGGUCAGCAUAUGGAUACUUUAAAGUUUUAUAACAACGUCGAUUUGGAUCACGUUUACGUGGAAUUUUUUAAUCAUGAAUUUCAUACGUGGUCCGAGGGAGAACACGUAGUGAAGGAGAUUGGUAAAUUAUUGGGAUUAACACCUGGAUCGUUAAAAGACGUCCGAGUCGGUCUAGCAGAAGUGACAUUCAAAGUCGUGAAAAAUAAUAAAGAUUACAAUGCUACAGACGUAGUCAGCAACAUAGACAACAUACGCGGACAACUUAAAGAAACUUUGGGUGUCGAGGUGAUUCGUGCAGGCAUAGGUGACAAGAUCAAAUUACCGGCAACAUUAGAAGUCGUUAGAAAAACCGAGAUGAGCUCAGGUGUGUUUGGUGUCAUCGUGGGUGCAGGAGUCGCAGCUGCGACUGCAGCUGCGGUGAUCACUCUACUAAUCGCUCGUCGGCACGCGAAAUCCCGAGCCAAGUUGGCGGGAUUAGCCACUGACCCGGAAGCUUCGAAGGACUAUCAGGACCUAUGCAGAGCAAGGAUGCAUGCCAAACAAUCGGACAAACCGGAAUCCCCGCGAAUCACUAGCUUGAGCAGAGAAAGCGAGUCUAAUACCGUGCGCUCGAAUCGGUCUAGUACAUCCUCUUGGGGUGAAGAACCCGCUCUUUCGAACAUGGACAUAUCAACUGGGAAAAUGGUUCUAAGCUAUAUGGAGGAUCAUUUGAAGAAUAAGGAUCGUUUGGAUCAAGAAUGGGCAGCGUUGUGCGCAUACGAAGUGGACCCAUGCUCGACGGAAAUCGCGGAAAGUGAGGCGAACGCGAAGCGUAAUCGCACCGGUGCUGCGAUCCCUUAUGACCACUGCAGGGUGAUAUUAAACGAUCUCGCUAAUGCCAAUAACUCCGACUAUAUUAACGCCUCCACGAUCAGAUCGACGGAUCACGAUCCUCGAAACCCAGCUUACAUUGCUACCCAAGGCCCGCUGCCGCACACGACGGACGAUUUUUGGCAGCUGGUUUGGGAACAGGGCAGCGUGGUAAUCGUUAUGCUAACUAGACUUACUGAGGAAGGGGUUGCCAUGUGUCAUCGUUACUGGCCCGAAGAAGGAUCUGAAUUGUACUACAUUUAUGAAGUGCACCUCGUAUCCGAACACUUCUGGUGCGACGAUUAUCUGGUACGUUCGUUCUACUUGAAGAAUCUGCGUACUGGCGAGACAAGGACUGUAACGCAAUUCCACUUCAUGUCCUGGCCCGAAAACGACGUACCGCAUUCCACGAAGGCUCUUCUCGAAUUCCGACGAAAAAUCAACAAAUCUUACAAGGGCAGAUCAUGUCCGAUAGUCGUACAUUGCAGUGAUGGUGCUGGACGCACUGGUACUUAUUGCUUGAUCGACAUGGUCUUGAAUCGUAUGAUGAAAGGCGCGAAGGAAAUCGACAUCGCGGCUACGUUAGAACAUAUAAGAGAUCAAAGACCGAACAUGGUUGGAACGAAGCAACAAUUUAAAUUCGUUCUCAUGGCCGUGGCGGAAGAAGUACACGCGAUCCUAAAGGCUUUACCCGCACCCCCCGCAGAGAAAUCUCCUCCUCCAGGAAACGAUUCAACGUCGAAGGAAGGUCAGUAAGGUCUCAUUCGAACUAGAAACUGCAGUCGCGGCGAGCAGGGGCAAAGUAUCUGAUUGCAUUCUACCCGUGGUAAAAAAAUGGCCAAACGUUUCUAGUUAACCGUUGUCGUACUACAGAUCUAAAAUUACUAUGCAACUCUUUUGUUUCCUGGAACUGUCUCCUUCUAAAAUACUUUUGGACAUGAUCCGCGAUUUAUCUCAUGUAUCUAACAUUCGACGAGAGCUUUAGUUUGAACUAUUACAUUCCUUCGUAAAUAUUUGAGCUUAUGUAUUAAGAUUAAAAAGUUCAAUUUAUCUUAAAUUACGAAGUUAAAUACAUUGCCAAAUAAUUAUUUUAUACACCAGCUGUCUCGUGUGAUAUUUGUUAUUGCGUCUCGUUUGACUACGGCCUAGUUGGAUAGUCAGGUUCAUGUACAGAUUCGAAAGACUGAGCUAUGCACCUGAUGGACUUCUAAAAUAUGUGCUAAUAAUAUUAUUUCUCUUGUGUUCUUGUAAAUUUAGCUCUUAAAGUAAUCUUUGUAGCGAUUUUAUCGAUUCUAAAAUGAUAUUUGUGAAACGGAUGUGCUUGUCUUCAAUUAUGUUGCUCAGUCUCCAAAAUAGUUUUGUACCAUUUCAUUUGCAUACGUUGCUUUGUCCCAUGGAUAAUCUCCACUAACGUGCUUUACAAUAGCUUUAAAUAAAAUAUCGAAAUAUAUUGUGGGAUAACAUGUAUCUCUAUCUGCCCAGUCAAUUCUAUCAAGCGUACAAACGUUGGAGUUCACACGAAUUACGAUUUGGAUUGAUCUAUCUAUUUUAUUAAAUUAAUUUGAACGCAUAGAUUUGAUACAAAAAAAUUUGAAUGAAAUUUUUACGUUAAGUACGCGAGAGCUGAAAUCACUUUUAGAGAUUGAGAUCAGAAUUUUUAUACUACCUACUGUUACGUGUCCCAGAACGUGUGGAUUUUUAAUGGACGGCUAUGAUCGUUGCUUCCGUGAAAUAAAAUUUUAUCAAACGUUACAUGUAAAAGUUUCAUGUGAAAGAGUCGCGAUGAGCACACUAUUUUUCAAUCUUUUUUCUACGCGUAUCAAAAGAUGAAAAGAGAUGAUCGAGCUGCACAGUAUUCACGUUCGCGCUAUUAGUUAAGUAAAUGUCGAAACAAGAGUGAAUUGUUAGAAUAACGUUUAAUCGAUGUGAAAUAAACAUCUCAGUAUCCUAAAUUUUUUCGUGCGCCUCAUUUCACGUGUGUUAAUCGCAUUUUCCAAUAGUGAAGUGAGGGGCCAAAUCUAAAAAGUCAACAACCGCGUAACGUAAAUUUAAUGUUUUGAUUAUCACACGGAAGUGUCAUCAUGAACAUGCUCUGUGAACGGUACGUUUAAUGAAUCACUAAUAUCGUAACAAUGAUGUUAUAGGUGAUAAAAGAAAAAUAUAUGAAUAUAUAUAUGUUUGCAUAAAUUAUCGUGUGACAAGCUAUAAAUGGAAGUAUCAUGAUAAUUUACCUUAAAAAUGUGACGCUAUUCGUUCUGUAGAUCCAGCCUCCUACAGGAUGAACAGAAGUUACAUACAAGAUUUCGUUUUUUCUUCUUCGUUGUGCAGUACGAUUAUUGAAUAUUAAUGUUUUCCUUUAUUCUAAAUUAUUUGCAUUACUAAUUAUCGGGACUUAUUAAACAAUCAUGAAUUCAUCGAGUACUACAAAUAAAUGAUAAACAAAAACCAAUAUAUAACAUACAGUACUAGAUAACAUAAAUUGCUUCCAUUUCUGAAAAUCCUAUCAUUCUAUGCGUGUAAGAGAGUUAUAGAACCAUUAAUUAUUAUAGUUUAUAUUUUUUUGGUGAAUCAAUACAAGUGAUAUCACAACUGUGAACUCAAUGUGAAAGUUUGCUUGACCAAGA